AUGUUCACCAAGCCUCCCAAGCUCCGAAUACGUACUCCCUCGUCUACAACCGUGGAGUUUACACUCUCCAACGCGCCGCCGCCGACGCUCCCACACACGCUCCUGACGCACUUCACUUCGCUCCUGCGCUUGAUUCUGGCCGCCACCACCCUUCUCCUCUUACUGACAAAGUUCCAGCCGCCGCCAUACUCAAGUAGUAUCCACCCGCUUAUCCACCCGAUCCUCGCGACCUUCUCGCCCUUCUCCACCUCGCUCCAAUGGCGUCACCUGCUCCCUGCUUCGGCGGUGCUGUUGUAUGUGCUUCUUUUUAUAGGAGGCUACACUGAGGAGUCGCUGGUUGUGAUUAGAGACUUGGGUGUCCAAAUCACGACGAAGACGGGGUGGAGCACGAGAAGUAGGUUUAUACCAACGGAGCGGGUCAGUGAUAUGUGGAUCUGUGAGGGGUUUAGGGGGUUUGAGGUGAGGUUUUACUUGGCGGUUGUGGUAGAAGGAGAGGAGGGUUUGGUUGUUGUAUUCCCGACAUUAUUACCGGGACGGAGGGUGCUAGAGCUGGUGUGGCGGGGUGCAAGAAGGUGUUUGCACGAGCCCAAACAUAUAGGGGACGGAGUUGAGAGAUGA